AUGACUAUCCAGGUUCGGCAUCCACCAAAGUUCCCUCCGCAUCACGGAUAUUCCAGAAUCCGGGAAAAUGUGAAAAUACAGCCCCCAGAAGAUGUUUCGAUCUCUCCGUCAAUGGAAUUCAAAGUCCCGUUCUUUAUUUACAACAAUACAGAGUACGUUUUAGUCCAGGAUUUAGCGAAAUUGUGGAACUUCCCAUCUUCUUACCACGUGUUGUCGAAGAUAGUAAGCCAUUCAGGUGUGAAAAAGGGUACCUUCUUGCUUAUUAGUGACGAAAAGUUGAAUGAAGCACUCUUAAAGGAAGGACUUAUAAGCGAAAGCGAAACGAAUACAAAGUUGUUUUACUUGGAGUUGAAGUUUAUCUACCAAGUUGUGGCCAAUAAGGAGGCAUUGUGUAGCGAUGCUAAUGAUAUGGAUGUGGUCUCUGAGAAGAGAAAGCAUCCGGCUGUGGUGAAUGUUGAGGACGACUUAAUUACGGUAUCUCAAGUAUUCCCUCAGUAUGGCUCUGUUGAGGCGGUAACGCCUUUAAAUCAUGCAACUUUUCUUUGCCUUAAUCCGCAAACGAAGUAUCUGGUUUACAAACAUGAAGGCACUUACAGAAGAGUGUAUGGAAACACGAUCAGCGUACAAGAAAGAGAGCUCAUAUUUGGAUCCAACAAUUAUACCAAACUAGAAAUCAACAAACCAAAAGAAGACAGUGAGAACAAUGAUGAGAGCACUAACAAGAAGCCAUUGGGAAGGCUGAGGAGGCAUGUUGGAAGUGUGGAUCCGAAUCUCCUAGAUCCAGCUGAAAAUAUACUCCCUGGAUGUGGGCUUAUACCUGAAUUCAACGUUAGUACAUUGUGCAAGGUACCUAACUAUUUCGUGACCAAUGGACAAAUGAGCGCUGCGCAACAGAAUGCAAUGUUCAAUCCCCAAAGGGCGCACCUUAGUUCCCUCAAGAUGAAAUUUAACGACAGUGGGAAGAUGCCCAAACUGCUUCAACAGCUUCUUUUCAGUAAUGAUCAAGAUGCAUACCAUUCGAAGUAUUAUUACUUCAAAAGUUAUAGAGGCCCUGGUUCAGGAAAUUAUAAGGAUGCAGCGUUAGUGAACCGCAUAAACCGCAUUAGAAGAUUUACUCCAGAAACAACUCCAAAAAGCAAUAAAGUUACGCAUGUUCCAGCCAAUAAGGUUACAAAGCCAUUGAGGAAUAGAGCAGAUAGACCUAUCAAAGGUCUCAUGCAUAAGUUUUUCUCCGAUGAUAAUGUUGAGAUUGUCUUGGAAAGGCAGCGCAGAUUUACAGAGGAUUUCACUAACUUGGAAAUGCUUCACAAUAUCGUUUUAUUUAACUUGCUCGUUAACUCAUACAGGGAAGUGUCAAAGGACACAUGGAAGUGCUUUUUUAAGUUCAAAUCUAUUGAUUUCGAGAAGUUGUAUCUGAUCAAGCAAAAUGAAGCGAGAGAAAAGAGAAAGAACGAGCUUCUCAGAGAACGGGCGAACUUACCUGAUGGCUCAUUAGCUCAGUUGCAACCAACGUCAGAAAUGGUUGAUUUACUUCGACCAGAUCUUUCUCUCAGGUUCACUUUACCAACGCAACACCCUGAGAUUAUGGAGAAGUUGCCUAUAGAGCUUCGAGGCGAGGAUGGGGAACCGGAGCAUGCUAUCAGCAAGCCUAUAAGAUACACUGCCACGUAUCCUGAUAAGGCGAACCCUGAAGUAUUGAAUCAGGUCGAGCUAAUCAAGCUUCCUAAUGCUAACUCCAUAGCAUGGGACAACAUCAAAAAGUACAGACGUCAAUAA